CGUUGGGUUCUGGUCUCGUGCAGUCCCGGAGCCUUUGUUUGAAACGAGGAGGCCACGGAGCCGAGGAUGCGGCUUUGAGCGGGCAAGGCGCCAAAAAGAAGAGAUCCAGAUCACAUUUGCGUGGUCCGGGCUCCGGUCCCCGGCCCGGCUCAGCCGGCCGGAAAGAACAAAACGAAACGGCAGGAAAAAAUCAGUAAAGAAAACCGUUGUUUUGCGCGGAAAGCCGUUGGAGUCUUCGGAAGGGGACCAGUUUUUACUCUGGUCAGCCUGGUUGUUUCUCCAUUUCUGACGUUCCCCGAAGGAGACGCUGAGGAUUGGUUGACAAAUCAGAUGUGUGGUGCACGGACGUUUCCAGCAAGGUCAACUGGAAGACUCAUGUCCAGAGUGGAGACAGCUUGCCCCAACAGGCAGAGGUGAAGCUGGCUCCGGAGACGCAUCGGGCAGAGGGUGGUGGCGCCAAGCUUGGUGGAGCCCAGUUAAAUCUGGCACAUCUGUCCCAGGCCUCCUGAUGGUUGGAAGGGUGCAAUGCAAUUAAUACAAUGUCACCUGUGAAUGGGGGUGUUUGGAGAAUGUCACCAUGAAUGAGGAGUCCUUUUUCCAUUUGGCCACUGUGCAGGACAGCCUCUGUGAUAUUGGAGUGAUUUCUUACCCUGUGCCCAGGGACACUCUGUGCUUCAGCAUGGUCCAUAUCAACUUCCUAAAGAAGGUUGCGUAUGGGCUCAUAGGCUUCCUCCUCUUCCUUACCAUCUGUCUGUGGAAUGAAUCAAAGAAAGGGUACUCUGUUUCCCUGAAACUGGAAUCAAAAAACUUCCCGCUGCCCAGGAACCUGCAGUUUUUGGCUAGGAGGUUGGAUUCCAAGCCUGUGUACAUGACAGCAGGGACGAACUCUCCGAGAGACAGAUCCCGAGCUGAGAGGUUCAACGCCAAGGUCUGGGAUGAGGACAGCUCCUCCAAGAACCUUCCUCCCCGGCUGCAGAAGGUCAGGAAGAACUACCUGCACAUGAACAAGUACAACGUGACCUUUAAAGGGGAGCGCCAGUUGGAGAAGCUUAACCUCAGUGCCUUGCUGUGUCAGCUUGCAAAUCGAGUGAAAGUCAGCAUGAUAGAGGGGACGGACUUCCCCUUCAACACCUCCGAGUGGGAAAGCUCUCUGCCUCUGAAGAAUAUCAGAGACGGCGUGGGGCAGCUGGGCACGUGUGCUGUCGUGUCAUCUGCUGGAUCCCUGAAGGCUUCGUCCUUGGGCAGGGAAAUAGACAGUCAUGAUGCCGUCAUGAGGUUUAAUGGGGCACCCACAAGAAAAUUUGAGCAGGAUGUAGGACAGAAGACGACGUUUCGCCUGGUCAACUCUCAGUUGGUAACUUCAGCCAAGCACAACUUUCUUCAGGACAGUUUAUAUAAAGAAGGAAUCUUAAUUGUGUGGGACCCCUCUCCAUACCAUUCUGAGAUCCCAGAGUGGUACAAGAAACCCGACUACAAUUUCUUUCAAAACUACAAGCAAUAUCGCAAAGAGAACCCCCACCAGCCCUUUUAUAUCCUCAGCCCCAAGAUGCCGUGGGAACUUUGGGACAUCCUUCAGGAGAAUUCCCCAGAGGAUAUUCAGCCAAAUCCCCCAUCCUCAGGGAUGCUUGGUAUUGUGAUCAUGAUGAGCUUCUGUGACAAGGUGGAUAUAUAUGAAUUUUUGCCCUCAAAGCGCAAAACAGACAUUUGUUACUACUACCAGCGCUUCUUUGACAGCGCGUGCACUAUGGGCGCCUACCACCCCUUGCUCUUUGAGAAAAACAUGGUGAAGCACCUUAACCAAGGGGCAGAUGAGGACAUUUACCUGAAGGGGAAGGUGACAGUGUCUGGGUUCCGGAACGUCCGCUGCUAGCAGCUGGGCGGGUCCCUGGUCUGCUGUGCCCUCCCCUGCCUCUCCUGCUGACCCAGAGGCCUUUUCCGAAGCACAUUGACCAGCUCAGAAGGUUCCCCUCUGCCCCUCUGCUGGGGAAGCUGUCCCUUCAUUCUCAUUGUAUCCCGUUGCUUCCAUCACCUCCCGAGGCCCCGGGGAAGCUGGAGGCUGGUCAGGUAUAGUUACAGCGGGCUGAGGUCAGAGAAGAUGGGCGCGUCCCACCUCUCGAUGCAGAGCUGAGGGUCAAACCCAGACACACAAAGGGCUCCUUUUCCAACAGGCCUUUCCCAGGGCUCACUGUAAGGCCAGCUUUCCUGGUUAGCGUCAGUCCCUCCCCAAGCCAGAUGGCGCCCGCUCCAUCGCUGAUGCAGUCCCUGUGGAGGAGUCAUGAUGUGGGGAUUCACAUUCUCCUCUUGACCAGCAGUCCCCAGAGUUCUGAAGGGCUGUGUCAGAUCUGACUUGGGCCGAAUGGUGCCCGUCUGGCAGCAUCAAGCCCAGAAAGCGUUUUGUGUCUCAGAUGGUUUCCUUUAGGGAAGUCGGCUGGUAGCAAUAUCAUUUCCUAGCCCCGCAGUCCUCUUGGUGAGGUGCAGUCUCCUGCUUUGGGGGCUGACCUCCACUGGGCCUGGGCCGUCCUGGUGCCCAGAAAGCAGCUCUGGCAGCACUUAGUUACUCUCUUUGCAUGUGUCCUGUCUUGGGGUUGGGUCCCAGCUCUGCCUUUCUGGUUGGGGGAUGUCGGACAGAUCGCGGCAUCUCUCUGAGCCUCAGUUUCCCCAUCUGUAAAAUGGGGAUAAUACAGCCACCUACCUCACAGGGUUGUUGUGGGGCUCCAACGAGAGACUGUCUGUGAAGUGCUUCAUGACUGUAAAGUGUCCUCUGAAUGUGACUGGCCAUCGUGAAUGGUUGAUUUGCCUGUGCAGCGACUGCCUUGUUCUCUGAAGUCUACCGCUGGAGGGAAGCAAUAUGUGUGUUUGAAUUUGCAGUGUUUGGUUGACACAGAGUCACAGGAGCAAAGGACAGACCUUGGUGACCUCUCAUCCAGGCAUUUAACCCGAGGUGUGCCGAUUCCCAGGGAUCCAGGGAGAGAUUUCAAGCAGUCCUCAACCUUGGAUGAGAAAAAGGCGGCAUCUUUAUUUUCACUAACCUCUUCUGGAAAUUGUUCAUUUCCUUUGAUUGUGAAUGUCGGCAAUGAAACGUCACUCUGAGAAGGGUCCACAAGUUUCAUCAGACUUUCUAAGGGGUCCAUGACACAGAAAAGGCAAACAAUCCCAUAUCUUGUCCAAAACCUCAUCUUAACAGACGAUUUUGGCCGAGUUCUAGAGACGUUAAAUGAUUUUUCCAAGUUUAUGCAGGCAGGAAAUAGAGAUGCAGUUUGAAUCCUGGUCUACUGACUCAAACCCAGCUUGUUUUCCAAGACAUCGCUGGUUUUUCUUGAUCUCUCGCUGUGUGCCCAGCCCUGUGCCAGGCUCUACCGGGUGGGAAAGAAGUGGUGGGGACGUGGUGACUCGAGCGAGGGGGAGAUAGGGAGCAUGGCAAUGUACGAUUCAAGUACCAGCAAGCUCAUCGAAGGGCCGUUAAAUGAAACUACGACAGGUAACGAAUGCUCCUGGAAAAGUCCGCGGUCGUGGAGAGUGGUGGAGAUGGGCGACGUGUUCGAUGUCUAAGAUCUCUUCCCACUGACUCGAUCUCCCUUCCCUUUAAUGCCUCCAGCUCAGAUAUGAUACUGCUGUUGACUCUGUGUCAUCUUCUGGGCUUUCAGAAUUUCUUAACAAAAAGAAAAAAGAAAAAGGGACUCCUGAACCUUGGGAGUUCCCUGCUCUGUUCUCUGACUCGUUGGCAAAAUUGUUCCGAUAUUUGAUUCUGGGAUACGAAGGGCAGUGAACAAGAUUGUUGCGGUGUUCAGUGGGGGUACUGGGAAUAGUCACUGUGAUGGCCAGAAACCUUCUGUCCAAAUGUUCCACUUAAUUUAAGGACGCUUCUUGAGACUGUAAUAUUUUGAAAUCUGCAUUCUGUAUAUGGAGAAAUAAGGUGAGAUAAGAUUGAAAUAGAAUUACUUCAGUGUUGGUCUCCUGAGAUAGUUAAUGAUGACUGUAAGAUUUCCAUGACUUGGUGUUGUGGGCAGGUCUUGUAUGCGAGUAGCUUUUUGUCUUAAUUCCCACGUUGAAAUCUGUCAUCCCACAGCAUAUCUGUCUGAUCCUUUCAACUAAUCAUAUAAGCUUCUAGGGUUGGGUUAGAGUUGCAAUAGCAGAUUCGGAAACUUCUGGGUCCCAGAAGGCCUGAGAAAGCUGUGGAAAUUAACUGGGAAUAGCCAAAGAAAUUGUACAAAUUUUUAAUAAAUUUUGUUUUGUAAAAGUUGA